UUACGUCAUUUGUCAUAUUUACGGUUUCACCCUGUUCCAGGAGUGGCAAGGAAACAAAUUAUCUAUGAAUUGAUUUGGUAGUAAUUUAUUUUUUUUAUUGACCUGACGAUGGCUGGCGAAGCAAGCCACAAAAAACGGGGAAAAUUAUCGAGACAGGAGUCAAAUAGGUCCACAAAAGAUGCCGAGAUCGAAGUAGAUAGGUCAGGAGUUGGUGCUUGCAAUAAUCAAAACAAAUCAAGAAGUGGUAUUCGUGUAUAUAAAAUAGUGGUGUUAGGUGACGGAGGAGUUGGAAAAUCAGCUGUUACUCUUCAGUUUGUCAGUCACAGUUUCCUAGAUUACCAUGAUCCUACCAUUGAGGAUUCUUAUCAACAACAAGCAGUUAUUGACGGCGAACCUGCUCUCUUAGACAUUUUGGAUACGGCUGGUCAGGUGGAAUUCACGGCAAUGAGAGAUCAGUAUAUGCGCUGUGGGGAGGGUUUCUUAAUUUGCUACAGUGUUACUGAUAGACAUAGUUUUCAAGAAGCUUCUGAAUAUAAAAAGCUCAUCCAAAAAGUGAGAGCAUCUGAAGAUACACCAAUUGUUUUAGUAGGCAACAAAUUCGAUCUUCAUAUGCAAAGAAAAGUUUCAACGGAGGAAGGUAAAUCUCUAGCGAGACAGUUUGGUUGUCCUUUUUAUGAGACAUCUGCCUGUUUGCGUACUUAUGUGGAUGAUGCUUUUCAUACAUUAGUGAGGGAAAUUAGGGCAAAAGAAAGACAAAAGCUAGGGUUACCCUGUAAUGAACGUAAAUUAAGGAGACAUAGUAAGUGGUGGCGAUUAAGGAGCAUAUUCGCUUUAGUUUUCAGAAGAAAAAGACAAACAAAUUUUAGUUCCUAGG